AUGCUUCGCAACUUGGUCCCACGCUCCCGCGUUAUCAGACAGUUGGCAACUAGUUUACCAACUACCAGAACCUCAGUGCUUCCAAAUGGACUUACAGUAGCUACAGAAACGAUACCCAACACUUCAAGUGCUACUGUGGGGAUUUUCGUCGAUGCCGGUUCAAGAGCUGAAAAUGUCAAAAAUAAUGGAACGGCACAUUUCUUGGAACAUUUGGCUUUUAAAGGUACCAAGAACCGUACUCAGGUGGGGAUCGAAUUGGAAAUAGAAAAUAUAGGAUCUCAUUUGAACGCUUACACGUCAAGAGAAAAUACGGUUUAUUACGCUAAAACGUUGAACCAAAAUAUUCCAAAUGCGGUGGAUGUUCUAAGUGACAUUUUGACAAAAUCCGUUCUGGACAAAAGUGCAAUUGAAAGAGAAAGAGACGUCAUAAUUCGGGAAAGUGAGGAGGUGGACAAGAUGUACGAUGAAGUGGUUUUCGACCAUUUACAUGCUAUCACUUAUAAAGACCAGCCAUUGGGUAGAACUAUUUUGGGUCCCAUAGAAAACAUCAAAACCAUUCAGCAGCGUGAUCUGCAGGAAUAUAUCUCCACAAACUACAAAGGCGACAGAAUGGUGCUUGCUGGUGCCGGGGCUGUUGAUCAUGACGAGUUGGUGAAAGCAGCUGAGAGGUUUUUUGGACAUAUUCCUAAAUCAUUGUCACCAGUGCCCCUAGGCUCCCCACGCGGCCCUCUGCCGGUUUUUUACGGAAACGAGCUCAAAAUUCAAGAAGACACUUUACCCACAACUCACGUUGCUCUAUCAGUUGAAGGCGUCUCGUGGUCAGCUCCUGACUAUUUCACAGCUCUUGCCACUCAGGCAAUCGUCGGGAAUUGGGAUAGAGCCCUCGGAUCAGGUAAUAACUCUCCAUCGCCCCUAGCAGUAGCUGCGUCGAGUAAUGGAACCUUGGCCAAUUCCUAUAUGUCUUUUUCUACAUCUUACGCUGAUUCAGGUCUAUGGGGCAUGUACAUUGUUACAGAUUCCAAGGAACAUAACAUCAAAUUGAUUAUUGACGAGGUCCUUAAAGAUUGGCAGAGAAUCAAGAGCGGGAAUGUCACUGACGAGGAAGUCAAACGCGCCAAAGCGCAGCUGAAAGCGUCUCUGCUAUUGUCUUUAGACGGCUCAACCGCCAUUGUGGAAGACAUCGGACGUCAAAUCGUCACCACAGGAAAAAGGCUCUCCCCAGAGGAGGUUUUCGAGCAGGUAGACCGGAUAACCAAGGGCGACAUAAUUACUUGGGCCAAUUAUAGGUUGAAGGGAAAGCCGAUCUCCAUCGUCGCGCUUGGAAAUACUGCUACUGUUCCUUCAUUGAAAGAAAUUGAGAAGGGAUUGAACGUUUAA